GGCUAUCAACAUGAGAACGUUCUUUCGGUAACUUGUCGCCAUCAUGGGUCGUAUGCACGCUCCUGGAAAGGGUAUAUCCCAGUCGGCUCUACCAUAUAGAAGAUCCGUGCCUACGUGGCUUAAACUAACCCCAGAGGAUGUUAGAGAGCAGAUAUACAAACUUGCUAAGAAGGGAUUAAGACCCUCACAGAUUGGUGUGAUCCUUAGGGACUCGCAUGGCGUUGCGCAAGUGAGAUGGGUCACCGGAAACAAGAUUCUACGAGUUCUCAAGACGAAGGGUCUUUCGCCCAACAUCCCCGAUGACCUUUACCACAUGAUCAAGAGGGCCGUGGCCAUGAGGAAGCAUCUGGAAAGAAACAGAAAGGACAGGGAUGCAAAGUUCCGUCUGAUUCUUGUAGAGAGCCGUAUCCACCGCCUCGCAAGAUACUACAAGAGGAAGCGGGUUCUUCCCCCAAACUGGAAGUAUGAAUCCGACACAGCCUCCGCCAUGGUCGCAUAAAUGAAGCACAUGCAAAUACGGUCAGCAAGGGGAUUGAUUCUAUAUCUGUAUGAGGAGUGAUGUACAUUAAUAAAUGACAUGGAGAGAAUCCAAUA